AUGAACGAGAAGAAGCAACUCAGCAUAGCCAACCUGUUCACGGCGAACAGGGACAGCGGCGGGAGGGGGAACCAAAGCGGCGGCAGGAGCAACCAAAGCAGCGGGAACAUCGGCGGAAGGAGCAACCAAAGCAAAGGACACACCAGUGGAGAAGACAAAAGCGUUAUCAUAGAUCGGGAAAAAAAGAAAUCCAUCUGGUCGCUAUUCACCCAGGUGGAUGCGUCCGCGAGGGAGGUAAAGAAAAGGAGCGAAGAUGGGGAUGAUGUGGAUGAUGGCGCUGAUGCCGCUGAUGGCGAAAGCCUACCUGCAGAUGUCUUUUUCACCCCGAGAAAUGCGCUGCGGGGGAGGCAGGAGAGGGAAAAAAGGCGAGACAACCGGGGAAAUUCCCACGCUGGGAGCUGUGGAGGAAGCCAAGGAGACCAUCCCCCUACCCCAACCAGGGCCAAGCCCGACCUCUUCAGAAACAUGCACGAAAAUCUGGAUAUCCAGAAAGAAAUAGAAAACAUAACUAGCAGCUUCAAACGGAAGAACAACAUUUUACUGGGAGAUAAAACUGACGACAGUGUGCUGAGUAGCAUUCUUUCGAGGAAGAGGACAAAAAUGAACGUCGAGGGGAGUCAUCUGGCGUCGUGUUUCACCCCCUCCGCCGGAAGAUCCUCCGCGUCCUACAACGCAUACAAGGAGUUCUUUGCAAAGGGGGCCUCUAACCAAAAUGGGAAGGACGUAAAAGAAGCCAUCAACAAGAAGACGUUCCUGGAUGAUUUAGAGGAGAAUAAAAUGAGGUACCAAAUAAAGGAUGACAAUGUGAUGAUGCGGAUGAAGGGGGUGAGAGAGGCGGGCGAAGCGAACCAGGCCAACUCGCCAAACGGAACAAACGAAGAAGGAAAAAAAACCCACACAUGCAUGCUAAAGAAGAAAAACGUGUGCGUCCCAGUAAACAAGAUAAACGAAAAUAAUCAUCAAAAUGUGGUCAGGAUGAGGAAAGCACAUCAAAUUUUAUUGAAAAAGGAUAACUUCGAUAUCUUUCACCACCUGGGAGACGACCUUUUUAGAUACAUCAUAUCGAAUGUAAAAAAUAAAAACCUCCUUCUCCUGAACAGACGAUUUAGAGACAUCGUUCGUUGCCUCCGAUUGAAACUCAUUUAUGACGUGACAUUAAAAAAUACAAUCCCUCCAGAAAGUAUUAUCAAAACGGUAUACACAUCAGACAAAUUGCAGGUGCUGGAUCUUUCAGGGUGUUCCCAUCUCUCUUCUCAUCAUUUUCAUUUAUUCUGUAAUUCGAAUCAUAUCAAAUUUGAUAAGACUCUGAAAAUACUGUGCUUAAAUGGCUGUAGCAAAAUUACGGAUUCAAGUCUGAAGGUUCUUCUCCAUCGAUUUAAGCACCUCUCCAUAGUAGACCUUCGUAAUUGCUAUAAGAUCAGUCACGAUGGGAUUUACCCUUUGAAAUUCAAGACCAGUUUGGUCAAAUUGUACCUUGGGAACACGACCUCCUCUAACGUGUCGAAUUAUCACUCGGAUGACACUCUCCGUGUGCUCUUUAGCAGUCUCCCUCCUUCAUCGGAGGAAUCCACUACUCAACGUACUGCUACGUAUGGUGCUGACAUGAACGUACAGAUUGACACCCCUCUGAAGCUACUCUCCUGUUUCGAAAUUACCAAUGCGAAACAGCUGAGCGAUAUUUCCUAUCUCUACAUUAUUUCGAAGAACCUGAAGGUGCUUAGCCUCCGGGGGUGCAACAUUGAUGACACGGCAUCGAUUUUCUUCAAAUGCCUCACUAACCUCAUCGCUUUGAAUGUAGCCGAUACGAAGGUAUCCAAUGGGGUCAUCAAAACGGUCUGCGCACACGCACCCAAUAUGAUGAUCCUCGACAUUUCCAAAACGAUAGACGUCCAGAACGACACCAUCUUGACCGUCGCGCGAAGUCUCAAGCGCCUCCGGAAGAUUAAGGUGUCCUCUUUGCAAAACGUGGACAACUUCUCCGUCCGGGAAUUCCUCAAACACUGCAGGGACCUCAUAGCAAUUGAUUUCUCCAGCUGCUGGAAGGUUAAUAACUCCUUUUGUCACGUGAACGGACUGGACGUCGCGUCAGGGCCUAAGCUAACAGAUGUCGGUGUCUACCAAUGCUCAGUCGACCGCAGGGCCUGCGAAGGGGCCCUCACGGAAGUCGGCUGCUCCUCCGUGCGCGUGCACAUAUACAAUGAGCUGAAAAUAUUCGAGACAUCCAUUUACGCCGACGUGGACGCACUGGAGAAGGGCGAAUGA